AGAUCUUGUCAUGUACCCAUCGUUUUUAAUACAUCACCUUCCUUUCUUAAAUGCCGACUUACAUCCACUACGACCCACCGAUUGACUCUCUCUCUCUCUCUCUAAAAUAAUCAUUAGCAAUGGAUGAUGAUGAAGAAGUAGUGAUAAUUGGAGCAGGAAUUUGUGGGUUAGCGACGGCCCUUGCUCUUCACAAGAAGAGAAUAAAAUGCAUAGUAAUGGAGAGGGCUGAAAGUCUGAGGAACGUCGCCGGAGCAGCAAUCGGAAUCCGCCCAAACGGAUGGCGCGCUCUCGAUCAGCUCGGCAUCGGAGAUAACCUCCGCCACACUGCUGUCCGUCUCAAGAGGGCCCGAGAAAUAUCGCUUGAUGGAGGGAAGAAAAAAGAAUUAUCAUUGGUUCCUUGGGAUGGCGAAGCUCGUUGCUUGAGAAGGAAGGAUCUUAUAGACACUCUUUAUGCUGCACUUCCUUUAGGCACGGUAAAGUUCAGCUGCCAACUUGAAUCUAUAAAACUUGACCCGCAUUCUACCAGACCAAUUCUUCGCUUCAUCGAUGGAAGCUCCAAUAGAGCUAAGGUAGUAAUUGGUUGUGAUGGUGGCAAUUCUAUAAUUGCAAACUUCCUUAACCUCAAGACUACAAAGAUGUUCCCGUCAAGCGCCAUAAGAGGUCUAACAAACUACCCAAAUGGUCAUUUAUUCGAGCAUGAGUUUGCUCGUUUAUGGAAAGAUAACAUUCUUGUGGGAAUAAUUCCAGUUGAUGAUAACAUGGUUUACUGGUUUUGUUUGCUACCAUACAUUCCUAAAGAUGAAAAAAUUUGGGUAGAUCCCGGUGUGAUACAACAAGUAACACUAGAGUUGGUAAGCGAUCAUCCACAGGAAAUUCGCAAAAUGAUCGAAAACACAGACAUGAAAUCAUUAUCUAUUACACACAUGAGAUAUCGUGCACCAUGGGACUUGUUAACCGGCUCGUUUUGUAAAGGAACAGUGACGGUUGCUGGUGACGCUAUGCAUGUCAUGGGCCCAUUUUUGGGUCAAGGUGGUUCAGCAGGGUUAGAAGAUUCAGUUGUGUUGGCUAGAGCAAUGGCUCAGUUGGGUUUGAAUGGUUUUGAAAGCGGGAGUAAGCUAACGGUCCAUGGAGUUGAGGAAGCGUUUAAUCGGUUCGUGAAACAACGAAGGAUGAGGGUGGCCCGAUUAUCGUUGCAAACUUACCUCACCGGCAUGCUAUGGGGUACUUCUUCAUUUCUAAAGAAGAUUAUGUAUAUUGUGUUAUUGAUUCUUCUUUUUCACAACCAAAAUGGUCAUACUGAUUAUGAUUGUGGUGAUCUUUGAUAUGUUCAAAGAUCAUUAAACAUGGUUUGUUAGUAUAUUACUAAGUUUAUUUUAAACAUGUUUAUAUGUUUAUAUGUAUAGCAAUGAUUCAAAGAUACAAACUCAAUAAGUUGUGUAAUAUAAGUUUGGUUCUAUAGACAUUAUAAAGGUUAUUUACAAAUAAAUAUUCUUGUGUGUUUUGUAA